AAACCAUCUGAUUAGAGGAGCUCCCCUAGGAACACACUAGGUCCACGUCUUGCCCAGGAGGAAGGCGGCAGCUUCUCCCGAGGCAGUGGCCAGAGGGCGAGGUGGCUGAGGCCAUGUCUACCACCACAUUACAAGUGGUGGGCUUCCUCCUGUGCAGCCUGGGACUGGCGGGCUGCAUCGCCGCCACGGGGAUGGACAUGUGGAGCACCCAGGACCUGUACGACAACCCCGUCACCUCUGUGUUCCAGUACGAAGGCCUCUGGAGGAGCUGCGUGAGGCAGACCUCAGGGUUCACCGAGUGUCGGCCUUACUUCACUAUCCUGGGCCUUCCAGCCAUGCUGCAGGCGGUGCGAGCCCUGAUGAUUGUGGGCAUCAUCGUGGGUGUCAUCGGCCUCCUGGUGUCCAUCUUCGCCCUCAAGUGUAUCCGCAUGGGCAGCAUGGAGGACUCUGCCAAAGCCAAAAUGACGCUGACCUCUGGGAUCAUGUUCAUUGUCUCAGGUCUUUGUGCAAUUGCUGGAGUGUCUGUGUUUGCCAACAUGCUGGUUACUAACUUCUGGAUGUCCACAGCUGGCAUGUACUCCAGCCUGGGUGGGAUGGUACAGACUGUUCAGACCAGGUACACCUUCGGUUCCGCUCUGUUCGUGGGCUGGGUCGCUGGAGGCCUCACGCUGAUAGGGGGUGUGAUCAUGUGCAUUGCCUGCCGAGGCCUGGUGCCAGAAGAAAGCAACUACAAGGCCGUGUCUUACCAUGCUUCAGGCCACAAUGUCGCCUACAAGCCCGGAGGCUUCAAGGCCAGCACUGGUAUUGGGCCCAACACCAAAAACAAGAUAUACAAUGGGGGCGCCCGCACGGAGGACGAGAUGCAAUCUCACCCUUCCAAGUACGACUACGUGUAGUGCUCCAAGACACCUUGGCAUGGGCAGAGAAAACCUCCCAAUUAGAGCUCACCCAAAAAAAACAAGGAGAUUUGACCACGAUUCCGUAUUGCUUUUGACUCACUCAAUAGUUGGAAGUUAGAAAAGCCCAUUUGUGAUGGGAAGCAAGAUAGUCUUGGUCACAUGCGUCUGUCUCUAAAUAUCCAUCACAAAUCAGCUGAAUUAUGAAUUAGAGGCUAUAGCUCAGGUACACCUUCGGUUUGGCUCUAUUCUUAUUUUCCAAUCCUCUAGUUUGUAUUUUCCAAUCCUUUAGUUCCUUUUUUUUUUUUAAUAUAACCUUUCUAAUCUGAUGAAUGGUUUUGAAUCCCUAUCAGACAGACUCUCCUCCUCCUCCCAGGCAAUGAGCCCAUUGAUGAUCCAGUUCCCAGAUUGUCCCCCAGCAAAACUUUUCAAGGAAAUCCUGGGAAUCAUUCAAAACGCUUUUUUCCUUCUUGAUUUUUUGCCUUUUCCUUCCUUCCCCUCCCCCUCCAAUCAAUUUGGCUACUAAUAAUAACUAAAUUGAAGGGGAAGUGACAGGGAACAAUAUGUGUCCGUAUCUUUCCUGAGUUUUCUUGCACUGUGAUCUUGGAAGUUACCUGGACCAAAAUGAUUUUCAGUUUGAGGAAACCAAGCCUUUUGGCUUCUGUUGGCAUUCACCAAUCCUGUUGGCAUUCACCAAUUCCAGCAAGGCUAUCCCUGGUGUUUCCUGAGAUCAUUGGAGAUCCUCUUUCUCCCAAGGCCAGAAAUUGUCCCUAGAGGAGUGAGAAAAGGAUUUGGGGGUGGGGUAAUCUAUGUCCUAAACAUAAUUGGAAUAAAUAUGUAUUUGUAAAAUGAUACAUUAUCUCUGUGAAUUAGCCUCACUCCAGCACAUCUAUAGAAGGAAAUGAAAAAAUAAUUGCUUCAAUGAAGUCUAUUUUGUACUUUGUAAAGUCAGUUAAAUCUGAAUUCCCCAAAAUGCUCACUGACCUUUAUUCUUCUCCUUUGAGGUUUCCUGGACUCUGAUUACACAAGAUAGUGUCAGUGUAAAAAAAAUAAUGGAACACAACAGAUCCUAGGUAGUAGGUCAAAACCAGCUCUUUUAAAACAAAAAUGGCAAGGCUGAAUUUAAUGUUGUGUUAUGUUUCCAAAUGGUGCAUGUCUACACUUGAUGGCUACGGGCACUGCCAGUUGACAAUAGCAUUUACUCGGCAUUUUGGUCAGCUUUUACACUAAGAGCCGUUCUCUUCACUAAAUUCACCUAAAUUGGUCGGUUUAUUCAUGUUCAAACAGAACUGACAGCUCUUUGCAGCCACAGGCCUUCCUUGGGAUUACAUUGCUGCCCUUUCAUGCAAUGUAAAUCCUAAAUUUCCUUCUUUCAGGCCAGUCAGGAUCCCAUCCCAGCAUCAAAGCCAGAAUAGUCCCCCUAGGAAACCGAGAUCCGGGCAGUCUCUCAAAUCUACCAAACCAGGAAGACCCUAUGACCCUGGGUGAAUCUGACCAUUGGGUUAUUAUUUGGGAAAAAAGUAUUCACACCAAGACUGCAUAGGAAAAUGGCCUUCAAUGAGAUGGGUAAACACUAAUAGAGCUCUGAGGAUAGAGAGACUGUGGCCAGGGCAAGUCCAGAGCACAGCCCACUAAGCAGUAAGGAAUUGUGUACACCAAGGGCCACAACAGUAAACUCACAGACUCUUCUCACUGACAAAGCAAUGGUUUUAGUCUAAAUCAGAUAGGGCACUCCUAGAACUCAUUACCUGAGAUGGGGUAAAGGAUAAAUAGAUAAAUAAAUUCAAGAGGAAAAACAACAAUAAAAUGGCAGCACAACCUAAGGCAGAGAUUGUUAAAGGGUCUCAGGAUUUGAGUUGAAGGUCAGCCCUUUGAGUUGAAGACUAUGGGGAGCAAUAAGCUCUCCUUCUUACCACCAGAAAGUCCCUGGUUGGGUCUAAGGCAAUGAGGUGUGGCUCAGUUGAAUUUUAAUUAGCACAUUUACUGUCUAACAUGUAAUUAUUUGAAAGCCUCCAUAUAGUGUGACUGUGCUUUGUGAUUUUUUAUUGUUGUUCUGUCUUAUUGUUUGUCUUGAGUAUUGACCUGCAUGUUUUAAUACUUAAAUAUUAAAAACACUGUUAUCUUACAUUGGAA